GUUUGUCUGCAAGUCAGAUGCACCACUGGGAGAAGCUAACGUUGCAGCUGGAUCAGCAAACUGAACAGGCCGAUGUAUUGGAGAAUCAGAUUGGAAGAAACCAGCAGGAGCUAAAAUCAGAGCUGCAGAACGACGCGGCCUUGCUCUCACAGCUCAAGCAACAGUGUGACCAACUCCAGUUGGAACAGCAGAGGCAGCUGGAUUUCAUGGUGGGCAGAUUUGAGGAUGGACAUAUGCAGCUGCUGACCCAGCUGACAGCACAGGUGGAGGGCUUGUCCACUGAGCAAAAGGAGCUCUGCACGGAAUCUAGCCAGCAGCUGACGCAACGGUGUGACGAGAUCAUGUUCCAGCUGGAUCCCUUGAAAGAUCUCACAAAACAUUACGAAAAAAUGAUGAGGGAACAGCGGCAACACUUCAGUCCGGUGUUGGAGACACUUCACCAUCAGAACCAGGAGCUGCUGACUCAGCUGUCAACAGGCUUGGAUAGCCUAUCCGCAAGCCACCAACAGCUCAGUACAGAUUCCCUCACACAGGUGCAGCAAGUCCGUGACCAUUUGCUGCAUGAGCAACAUCAACAGUUUGAUAACGUGAUUCAGCUCGCCCAGCACUGCGACCAAAUGCUGAGAGAACAGCAGCAACAGUUAGACCAGUUAGGCCCCCUUGCGACAGUGACACAACAUUGCGACCAAGCGCUUGAAGAGCAAAGGCAACAGCUCGACCACCUUCUGAGCACUGUGCAGGAGCAGCACCAGGAGCUGCCCUCUCAGGUGGCAUCACAAGUUGAGAGCCAGUUCGAAAGCUUGUCGGCAGAGUGCAAGCAGCUCAACACUGACUCGGUUGCUGAUCUCAAGCAGCACUACGACCUGCUCUUGCAACAACUGGAUUCCACCUUCGGCACACGGCACAAUGAGAAUCAAGAGCUGUUGUCUCACCUGACAGUACAGUUGGAUAAUUUGUUCGCAGAACACAAGCAGCUCAACAUCGACUCACUCGACCAGCUUAGGCAGCAAUACGAGCAACUGCACCAGCACCUCAAUCCUAUUUUGAGCGCCUCAGCUUGCACACUACAAGAUCAGCAUAAGGAGCUUUUGAGGCAGCUGGAAUCACUUUUUGACGAGCAGUUGGAUUGCCUUGCCGACGAUCAAAAGGAGUUGAGCGCCGAUUCGCAGAGGAAGCUUACAAAACAGUGGGACCAACUGUUGAAGGAACAAGGGCAACAACUUGAUCGCCUGUCCCUGGGCGCCGGUGCCAUCUUUUUUUUGUCGGAUCGACAUCAAGAGCUUUUGAGCCAGCUGAAGACGUCCUUGGAGCGCCUGUCAAAGGAGCAGAAGCAGUUAAGAAAUGAUGCUUGGGCCAAG